AGGAAAAGUAAAGAAUGCCUUGUUGUAUUUAGCAUUUUUUACUGCGUUAAACGCGGGGAAUACAGUAGGUAUAAUAAGGCAUUUUUUUAAAGUCUACGUAAACGGGGAUAGUGUAAGCUCUGGACUAACAGUGUAUAUCCAUGUACAAGCUGAAUAAGACAAGGCAAUGCAAUUCUGAACAGAUAUAUUGGACAGAUAGAAGAGCAUAUAAAUUGCUUUUAUGAUGGAACUUCAGGGUAUUGACCAUUCAGAUGAUGUUGACAAUUCGUCGGCUGAUGACACAAUGUACUGUAGCCCCUGUGAGAAAGGGGGCGGUCACAUUGCUGCUAACAGCUUCUGUAACAACUGCGAUGAAUACCUCUGCUUAAGCUGUGUCAAAGUCCAUAGAAAUAUGAAGGUUACCCAAGACCAUGUUGUACUCAGUGGUGAUUCCAUGCCAUAUUUUCAUUCUCCUAACAAGGCAGAUGGUAAAAAAGGAUUAACCGGAUGUACGGAACAAUGUCCGAGUCAUUCCAAUGAAGUUAUCAAGUUUUUCUGCUCCGAACACGAUUCUCUUAAUUGCAGAGACUGUAUUGUUGUAGGUCAUCAAACAUGCAAAAUUGACUAUAUACCAGACAUUGCUGAAGGCUUUCGGCAGGGCAAGGACUUUGAAAGUCUAAAUAUCAACAUUGCAAAAGUGGACCGCGACCUAGAAAACUGUGAUAAAUUGAUUGAAACGUGCCUGAAGACUAUUGAAGAAGAGGUAGCUGAAGAACUCAAACAAAUACGAGAACACAGAGCAGAGGUAGUUGCAUACUUCGACAAGAGAGAGAAAGAGCUGCUAGCCAAGGUGAAUGAUAUCAAGAAAAUCAAUGAUGAAAAUGUUCAAUAUUUUAAAAAGAAAUGCCAGGUUGCAAAAGAUCAAAUGAACGCAAUCAAAUCCAGUCUAGAAUCACAUGAAAAUAACAUUAGUCAGUUAUUUGUUGUGGCUAAACAGUCCAAACGUCAGCUGGAGGAAAUUCGAACAACGUUAGAUGAUAUAAACACAAAUUUGUCAAUUCAGACUUCCAAGUUUGUUAAGGACCACGAAACUACUGAUCUGAUGAAGUCUCUUACAGCCCUAGGGACUAUUGAGGAAAACAAGAAAAUGCCACUACAGAAACCAACAAAGAAAGGUUUCCCAUUCAAAAAGGUCUCAUCAGCUGAAAUCUUAGCCAGAGACAGCCACACAGUAGUUAAGUUUAGUCUUAAGUUGGAUGUUCUGGCUAAAUAUGAAGAUCCAAUUUUGAAAUUUCCACACGGUCUAGAUGUGGUAGGGAAUGGUGAACUUGCUGUUUGCGGGAGAGAUACCAACAAUAUUGUUCUCCUUGACACUGAAGCAGGUACGAUGGAAACAUUGCUUGGUACCAUAGAUGGAUUAGAUAAACCACUUAGUGUUUGCUUCUCCCGGAGUCAGCUGAAAAUGUUCGUUGGAAGCCAGGGACUUGCCAUUUGCGUUAAAUGCGUCAACAGUACUGUUCUCCUCGACACUGUAACACUGUUUGAUGCAGAGGAUGGAUAA